AUGGGUGUUCUUUCUCUAUCUCGAACAUGUCUCCGAAGACCUUGCUGGCUUGAAUCGGCUUAUUCCGUCUCCUCUGCACUACUGGCGUCUGAUGAACACCAGGUGUUCGACGUUUUGCCCGUCCUUAACAACAACAACACUGCUGUUGUAGAGAAAUCAGUUGUGCCCUGCCAGGAGGUUAGUGAUCAAGAGACGUGUAAGUUGUUCGCGUUUGUUGCUACGGUUGUGAAGACUUUGAAUUUGGGGGAGGUGAAGAAAGUUAAGUUUGUUCAGGCGGUGAGGUACAACGGUUAUGCUCAUUCAUUCCAUGCGUUUAAAAUGAUCAUGGAGGUGUUUGCGGUAGCGGGGAUAGAGAACAACGUUCAAAUUUUGCUUAGAGAUAUUGUUUCCUAUUACGGGGAGGUUGAUUUGGAUGUUUUGGGGUUGUCUCAAAGUCUGAUAGAUUCCCCUGAUACUGCUGGAGUAUUAUCUUCCUUGUUGAGUGUACUGAUAAAGGUUCUGGCCGAGAAGCAGUUGAUGGAAAAUGCGGUUGGUGUGUUUUUGCAGGCUAAGGAAAAUAAGGUCGAACCUCAUAUAUUUUCGUGUAAUUUCUUGCUGAAGUGUUUGAUGGAAUCCAAGAGAUACGAACUCUUCGUCGAUGUAUUUGAUCAGUUGAGGAAUUCUGGUCCGUGUCCUAAUGUUCAUACCUACACCAUUCUCCUGAACUUCUACCGUAAUAGUGAUUUGGAGGUAGACAUUGUUCGUGCACUGAUGGAGGUGCUGGACGAAAUGCAGAAAUUUGGGCUUACCCCCACAGCUGUAACUUACAGUACGGUUGUCCAUGCUCUUUGUAAAGUCGGUUUUGUUGAGUCUGCCUUGGAAUAUGUACGGGAUUUGAGGAACAAUAACUGUUUCUUCAAUAGUUAUUGUUAUAAUGCUAUUAUUCGUGGAUUUUGCCAGCAAGGUGAAGUGGAUGAAGCACUGAAGCUCUUGGAAGAGAUGAGAUCAGCUGGGAUAUCACCAGACAUAUAUAGCUACAGCAUCUUGAUUCAUGGGUUCUGCCAGAAGGGUGAAUUUGAAAAGUGUGACGAUUUGUGGAAAGAAAUGGCGCAUUGGAAUGUCCAGCCAAACAUUGUUACAUACAGUUCGCGCGUUUCGGGUUUAUGUAAAGUUGGAUUGGUAGACCUUUAUUUGGAGAACUUUCAUGACAAAGGUGACCAUGAUUUUGAAUAUGACUUGACUUACUAUAACAUUUUGAUUGACGGUUGUCUCAUGACGGGUAAGCUGGACAACGCCAAUGACCUUCUGGAGGAAAUGACUAUGAACGGGUUGACUCCUAAACCCUUCACCUUUAACAGGUUGAUUCACGGGUUCUACAAAGAAGGGCACCUAAAAGAAGCCUUGAAAGUUUUUGAAAUGAUGCGAGAAUCUCUUGUAGCUCCAAAUGUUUUCAGCUGCAAUGUGAUUGCUGACAUAUAUUGUAGAGAAGGACACCUGGUGGAAGCUCUGAAAUUUAUUGAUGAAAUGCAAAAUCUAGGUAUUGUUCUUGACUCACAUACAUACUAUGUUAUCAUUAAGUGGUUGUGCCACAAUGGAAUGUCAGAGAAAGCAUGGGAAGUUCUUCCUGUAAUGUUUAAGAAAAAUGUUUUUCCUGAUGUUGCUCAUUAUAAUAUCAUCAUGGAUGGUUUUGCCAAACAGUCAAAAGCAAUGGUUGCAUUGAAAUUGUAUAGAAGAAUGCUAGAAGUUGGAUUAGCACCAGACAUGUUUACAUAUACAGUUCUCAUCAACAUUUUUGCCAGCAAAGGAAAAAUGGAUAAAGCCUGCAGUUUGUUGAAGGAGAUGAUUGGAAAGGGCAUCUCUCCAGAUAAGAUCGCAUACACAUCUAUGAUAGCUGGAUUCUGUAAAAUUGGGGAUAUGGGAGCUGCUGAUGUAUUAUACCAGGAAAUGUUGAGGAAUGGCCAUAUUCCUGAUGUUGUAACUUAUACUUGUCUGAUUGAAGGACUUUGUAAGAUGAACCGCCUGGAUAUGGCUGACCGAUUAUUUGAGGAGAUGGAACAGCACGAAUGUCUUCCAAAUGUGGUGACAUACACUGUUCUCAUUGCUGGCCAUAAAAAGGUUGGCCACAAUGGUGUUGCAGAUAAGCUGUAUGCUCAGAUGGCCCAGAAGUGCAUUUCUCCGGAUUAUAUUGCUUACAAUACCUACAAGAAGGGAUAUUCUUGA